AUGGCGAUGAUGGAUCGCUCCAUCAUACAUGAACCUAGCCAAGAAGGCUCCUCCCGUACCUUGCAGGGAUCAGGGAAAGAUAAGACAAACCCUUGGGUGAAGACAAAUAAGACCAUGGCGGACAUGCUUAAGGAUGGGCAGCCAAAGCCAUCGAAAGUACCAUACAUUUUGGAUCCCAAUAAAGUGAAGCAGAGGGGCACGGCAUCCCAGGAAGACGGUAUUCCUUGUCUGCAUUUACAAAAUAUUGAUAAUAAUGAGCUUGCAAAUCGUAUGGGACUCUCCUUGAUUGGAAAGUUCUCACACUCCAUCCCAGCCCCCCACUUGAUUCGCAAGGCCCUCUCAAACUUCAAACUGAAAGGUACGCUAAAUUGGAAUUUUAUUAAUGCAAAGCAUAUCCUCAUCACCCUAUCUGAGAUUGAUGAUUAUGUGAAAAUUUUAUGUGGAGCUAGUAACAAUAAUACUUGGUUUAUUGAAUAUCAUCCAAUGAGAAUGUUUAAAUGGACUGCUGAUUUCGACCUAUAUUUUGAGACUCCCAUCGCUGAUGUUUGGUGUAAUCUGCAUGCAUUACCUAUACAUCUAUUUGAAGAAUCUAUGCUUUUUUCCAUUGGUAAAUUGUUUGGUGAACCCAUACAGAUUGAUCAUAACACUAUCACACGUGCACGAUUGUCAUAUGCACGCAUUUGCAUUGAAAUAGACAUCUCCAAGCCUGUGCCAGAAAAAUACAUACUCCGACUUGGGGGAAAGGAUGUGACAUUGCAGGUGAGGUGGGAUAAGAUCCCACACUACUGUUCAGCCUGCAAGAAUAUUCGAUACCUCUAUAGCUCUAUAUUCGAUAAUUAA